CUUCUUCUACCUCUUUGUCCUAAACAUCACUCCACCGCCAAAGCUGACACUUUUUCUUAUUUUUUUAUUUAAUUUGUUGUUCUUCACUUUCCUUUUUUUUCUUUCUCCAUUAAUAAGCUAGGAAUAUCCUAAUCCUCGGUAGUGUUGACGGAGGAUGGAUCUCAGCCGUAGACAUUGCUCUUUGUCGGCGAUUUUGCUAUCUGCGGCAGUCGUGACGUUGCUGAUUGAGCCGCAGUUAUCGGCGGCUGCGGCGGCGGAGAAUUUGGUGUUUGAGGUUCGAAGCAAGUUCGCCGGGAAAAGAGAAAAAGAUCUCGGAGCUCUCAAAGCUCACGACGCUCACCGUCACUCUAGACUCCUCUCCGCCAUCGAUCUUCCUCUCGGCGGCGAUAGCCAGCCUGAGUCUAUUGGUUUGUACUUCACUGAAAUCGGUCUCGGAACUCCAUCAAGAAACUUUCAUGUCCAAGUUGAUACAGGAAGUGAUAUCUUAUGGGUGAAUUGUGCCGGAUGUAUCAGAUGUCCAAGGAAAAGUGAUUUGGUAGAGCUGACACCUUAUGAUUCGGAUGCUUCGUCCACUGCAAAAUCUGUUUCGUGUGAUGACAACUUUUGCUCUUACGUUAACCAAAGAUCCGAGUGUCACUCAGGUUCCACUUGCCAGUAUGUUAUUCAAUACGGAGAUGGAAGCUCGACCAAUGGAUACUUGGUGAGAGAUGUUGUGCAUUUGGAUUUAGUUACUGGAAAUCGUCAAACCGGUUCCAUCAAUGGAAGUAUUAUCUUUGGGUGUGGGUCUAAACAGUCUGGUCAGCUCGGUGAAUCCAUAUCUGCAGUUGAUGGGAUAAUGGGAUUUGGACAAACGAAUUCAUCGUUUAUAUCUCAGCUAGCUUCACAAAGAAAAGUCAAAAGGUCUUUUGCACAUUGCUUGGAUAAUAACAAAGGAGGCGGUAUAUUCGCCAUUGGAGAAGUCGUGUCACCGAAGCUGAAGACUACUCCUAUGCUCUCUAAAUCAUCUCACUACAGUGUUAACCUCAAAUCAAUCGAAAUUGGCAAUUCAGUUUUAGAACUUUCGUCAGAUGCCUUUGAUUCGGGAGAUGACAAAGGAGUCAUUGUUGACAGUGGUACAACUUUGGUUUAUCUUCCCGAUGCUGUUUUUAAGCCGUUAAUGAAUGAGAUCCUGUCUUCGCAUCCAGAGCUUACCUUGCAUAGUGUUCAAGAAUCGUUUACGUGUUUCCAUUAUACCGACAAAUUAGAUCGGUUCCCACCUGUCACAUUUCAGUUCGACAAGUCUGCUUCCUUGACGGUGUCUCCUCGGGAUUAUCUAUUCCAAAUUCAAGGAGACACAUGGUGUUUUGGCUGGCAAAACGGUGGAUUGCAGACUAAAGAAGGUGGAGCAUUGACAAUUCUUGGAGAUAUGGCGCUUUCUAACAAGUUGGUUGUCUACGAUAUCGAAAACCAAGUUAUUGGAUGGACCAAUCACAACUGCUCGGGAGGAAUACAAGUAAAGGAUGAACAAAGUGGAGCAAUCUACACAGUUGGUGCUCACAACCUGUCAUGGUCUUCCUCUUUAGCUAUUACCAAACUUCUUACAAUUGUUUCUCUCUUAAUUCCUUUCCUCUGUAACAUUGCUUUAUAGCUUCAGAGAAAACCUUCUAUGGUAAAAAGUUGGUUCCUUUUGUUGUUAUUAUCAGUAAAGGAUCUGCUUCCCAUUUGUUAAAAUAUUGUCGUUUUUCAUGAUUGUGAAAGAGAGAGAGAGAUAUUGACACAAAUCUGCAGUUGUGGAAUUGGAGCUUUUUGAACAGACAAACCCUACAGACAGACAAAAUUAAGCCUGAGGGGGUUUCACGGAAUCACAGACACAAGCCAUUAUUACAUCAUGUGAUGUUUUUUCACUCUUCUUUACUGACAAAACAAAUAAAACAGCAUAAAACACCAACAAGAAAGAAAGACAUAAAUAAUAGACAAAACUGACAAAAAUUUAUGUUCCAAAACCAAUGAA